UGGCAGAAAAUCAAAAUGGUCUACCAGAUACUUUGUGGCUGUGAUGGCAUGCAUUGGAUUCGGCUGUUCCUAUGGAAUGCGGGUUAAUAUGAGUGUCGCUAUAAUCGCAAUGGCCAACAGUAGUUAUAGUACCGACUAUAACCUUAACUCAUCCACAGAACUUUGCCCAGAACUUGGUGAUUACUAUGGCAACGAAACAAGUGGCGAAAGCAAGGAGGGCGAGUUUCCUUGGGAUGCCCAUACACAGGAGCUCAUUCUGGCGGCUUAUUUUUACGGUUUCGUCCUUCUGCAAGUACCCGCGGGUAUCCUAUCCGACAAAUACCCGAAGUCUUGCCCCUGGAUAUACGGCGUUGGAAUAUUCAUAUCGGCGGUCGGUUCCCUGCUUACACCGCUGGCUGCCUAUCAUAGUGUGACUGCGAUAUUCAUUACCCGGUUCAUAUGCGGAUUGGCGGAGAGUGGAUCAUAUCCGUCGAUGUACUCGUUUAUGUCCCGCUGGUCUCCUUCUGCAGAUCGGAGCAUUCUCCUUGCGAUAACUUACUCAGGUAACUGA